UAGUGACUUACCUCAAAAGUAUAUAAAGAAACCUCAGUGUACUGCAAAGCCUGAGGGGCUGCGGAAUCUCCCUCCCUGGUACCCAGGCCUUUCCAAAAUGGCCCUUUUAAUUUCCUUCCUGGUCGGGAUACAGGCAUUGUGUUCCUUAGCUGGUCUUCCACCUCGUCCAGGACAGCUACCAAGACCACCACUGACAGGACUGCUCUCCCCAGGCUGCAAUAAUUCUGUAGUCAAAGCAGCUGCAGCUCAGGCCCUAGACUGGAUCAAUUCCCAUGAAAAAACGGGGUACGUGCUUGGUCUUCAGCGAAUCUUUGAUGCCCGGCAACUUCCGCAGGUAAGCAGCUACCCUGGUUCUGACUUUGCUCUCUACAUUGCAGUCGGGGACAACCACCUUCCAAAACAUCAGAUAAAAGAGGGGGAGAUGAGGGGGAGCCAUUGUCCUAUCUAUUGAGUGGUCACUCCAAACCAGGAGUAGCUAACAUGUUGCCCCUCCUGAUGCUGGAAUUGUAGAAUUGCAGAGCUUGUGAGGGAUCCUAAGGGUCAUCUAGUCCAACCCCCUAGAAUACAGGAAUCUCAGCUAGACAGAUGGCCAACCAACCUCUGCUUCAGCCCAUCCCAGAUCUGCCUGCAUCUUCCAGCACUGGCCUCCCCGUGGCUUCAGUUGUACAGAAUGAAAGCUGCAGCCUGUAUAAUAUUUACUGAAUUCUAGCUGAGAAUUGCUCCAUUUUAAAAGAGGAGAAACUGAGGCAGAGGAAUAAGCAAGUGUUGGGGCGGAUGCAAUAGUCCUGGGUGCUAUUAUCAUAUCUUCUUCUUUGGCGAUCGCUUGUAGCCAAGUAAGAUUGUCUUCCAUAAACACAGUUUUAACAGUGGGUCCGUAAGUGGCUGUGGAGGCCAGUUCUGGAUCCACAUAACCUUCCAUAGUGGGGACAUAGGUUUCCAGACGAGAGUUGAUCAUGUUGAGGGUUUGCCAAGGGUGCCUUUCUCUUAGCACCUUUCUCCCUUUCGUCCUGAGUUUGAGCGUCUUCAAAGCCUUUACACCUUUGGUAAAGGCUGUUCUCCAAUCGCAGCGUUCACAGGCCAGUGUUUCCCAGUUGUUGGUAUUUAUACUACAUUUUUAAAAGUUUGCCUUGAGAGAGUCUUUAAACCUUCUUUGUUGACCACCAGCACAGGGAUUAGCAUAUGCUCUCAGAAAGGAGGACCUGGCUGCAGGCAUUUUUAGAACACCAAAGCAUAACUCUAAGAGCCAUUAUUUAUUGGGGGGGGGGACUUUCUAGUUUAGCAGUGAGACCCUUUUCUUUAAAGGUUUCGAAUAAGUGGUUGCAAAAGAAGCAGCUGUUUGAAUAAAUGGUUGCAAAAGGAGGCAUUUUGGAUCUUUGUGAUCCUUGAAAUCCCAGGAGAACGAAAGUCUAAGGCUGUAGUCAAAACUUACAUGGAAUAACUCUGUUGACAUCAAUGUUAAAUUUACUUAGUUCUACAGAAAUUGUUUUGUGUGAAAGGCAGCCAGCCAGGCUUGCCUUUUCAAAUUCUGCUCUGUCUUGUGCUGCAAAGGGUUUCGUCUUCUUAUUGUCUUUCGUCUUCUAUAGGAGCCUGAAGUCUCUAAGUAUUUUCUCACCUUGGAUGUGCUGGAAACCGUGUGCCAUGUUCUCAGUGGAAAACAGGCAAAGGAUUGCAGUUUCAGAAGCACCCAUGAGACAGUAAGUAUCUGAUCUGCCAAGUUCAGAAAAGGACUGAACACGCUAAGUUUUGUUUUUAAGCUAGGAAUGCCUCCAGACGGCCACUAUUUGGUGGGAGGAAUUCAAGUCCAUACUAGGAAACUUAAAAAGGUAAAGGUAAAGGGACCCCUGACCAUUAGGUCCAGUUGCAGAUUACUCUGGAAUUGUGUGUUCCUCUCGCUUUACUGGCCGAAGGAGCCGGCAUACAGCUUCUGAGUCAUGUGGCCAGCAUAACUAAGUCACUUCUGGUGAACCAGAACAGCACACGGAAACGCCGUUUACCUUCCCGCCAGAGUGGUACCUAUUUAUCUACUUGCACUUUGACAUGCUUUUGAACUGCUAGGUUGGCAGGAGCAGGGACCGAGCAACGGGAGCUCACUCUGUUGUGGGGAUUCGAACCGCCGACCUUCUGAUCGGCAAGCCCUAGGCUCUGUGGUUUAACCCACAGCACCACCCACUGUGCAAUUAAAGUGGAUGAAAUUUCACUGUCACCCUAGAGCAGCGGUUUUCAUCCAGUGUGCCGUGGCACCCUGGGGUGCCUGGAUUGAUGGUCAUGGGUGCCACGGGCAACACUGGCCUCUGUCCUUCUUUCCUUCCCUCCCUCCUCUGAUGACUUCAUGUGUCUCUGCCUCCCAAAGGCUUGCACAGCUGUUUGUUGCAGCAGCCCUGGCUACAAGCUCCACAGGAGAAUGGUGCCUCUGGGGCUGGCCAGGAGGUUCUGGUUGCCAGGAGUCAAUGUGGCCUCGGAGUAAGGUUCUGGCCUCACAAUCACCUUUGGCCAGUCUCUGUCAGGUUGCUAAGGCUGGGGGCAUCCUCUUUCCAGGCCUCUGUGGGGUGGCGUGAGGAGGCACCUCUCUUUGGGGCAGUGGCGGCUGCUGCUCAGAGGACUCCAAAGGAGAAAGGACAAGAGAGGAGGCUGCAGGAACCCUCCACAAGGGAGCGUGUUCAAAAAAGGGGUGAGAGGCUGCUAGCUCUGCAGGCAAGGAGUGAAAUAACUGGGGUCCUGAGCUGCACAGGGUGCCACAGAAAGAAUGUAGUUGGUCAACGGAGCCAUGGGCUCAAAAAAGGUUGAAAACCUAUGUCCUAGCAACAAGUCAGGUUUCAAAAGAAAAUGACUUUGUACAAUCAUCUGGAAGAGCUCUGCGAAGUCAGAAUCUGGUGCGACCUGAAAAGAUCUAUAGUGUAUUUCAGAUUUGAAUUGAUUCACAAGAAAGGUUAAGGGGUUCACAUCACCCACAUUCUGCACAUGUCUGCACGGUUCCCUUUCUCUCCCCCAAAGCCUUCACCAAAUACAAAGAAAUUUCUAGUGAGGGAAGCAGAUGCCAGUGGCAGUAUAGAGUGUGGUGAGAUGAUUUGGGACUGUGGGAAAGGGGCAGGAUCCUGCUGUUUUUAGAGUAGCCCCAUUGGGGAGGGAGGUGUAAUAGAUCAUUCUGCCCAGAGAGUACUGCCAGGCCAGGGCUUAAUUUGAAAACAGGCCACUGAAAUAUCAUAUAUUGGUCAUUGGCCACAGAAGUGUUGUUGUUUUAAUUUACUGGUGACUUCUGGGAAAGGGCAAAUCCAGACUAAAUUGGGGAGGGAAUACAGACUGUCAUUUUGAGGCCAGUGAAACUGAGUGGAAACUGCAAAACACAAACAAAAAAAACAAAAACUUGCAUGCAUGGAGAGCUAGAGAGAAGUAAUAACAAAUAAUAUCAGUCCAAAUAAACAAAAAAAAUUUAAAAAUGUCCAGUAGCACCUUUGAGACCAACUAAGUUUGUUCUAGGUAUAAGCUUUCAUGUGCAUGCACACUUCUUCAGAUACUCAGAUUAAAAAUAAGAAUAUUAUAAUAUUAUAUUAUAAAAAUAAUAUCAGAUUUUGCAAGGGGGGAGUGAUUCUGCAUUGCAAGUUGGGGGCUGAGCUGACUCCUUGGUCUGCAAAAGGUGAAGGUUUCUGGUUUGGCAAAACAAAUCAGUUCUACAAACAUCACUUACCUUUCUGUUGCUCCAGGUCUAUGGGCAGUGCAAAGUAACAGUUUACGCUGAUAACCACGGGAAGGUUUCUCAGCUGAGUUACUACGACUGCGUUUUACGCCCACGUAUGUAUUUCUAUACAUUUGCUUGAAUUAACGUUUGUAAGGAAAUUCAUAAGGUAAAGGUAAAGGGACCCCUGACCAUUAGGUCCAGCCGUGACCGACUCUGGGGUUGCGGUGCUCAUCUCGCUUUAUUGGCCGAGGGAGCCGGCGCACAGCUUCCGGGUCAUGUGGCCAGCAUGACUAAGCCACUUCUGGCGAACCAGAGCAGUGCAUGGAAACGCCGUUUACCUUCCCGCCAGAGUGGUACCUAUUUAUCUACUUGCACUUUGAUGUGCUUUUGAACUGCUAGGUUGGCAGAAGCAUGGACCGAGCAAUGGGAGGUCACCCCGUCGCGGGGAUUCAAACCGCCGACCUUCUGAUUGGCAAAUCCCAGGUUCUGUGGUUUAACCCACAGCGCCACCCGCGUCCCCAUUGUAACACAUAGGAAGUAACAAACCAGAAAGGAUGCUCGAUAAAACUGAAGGUCCACGAGCAAACCAAAGACGUGUCUUUAUUUAACAAGAUUAAGAAGCAAAGGCCUUUUGCGACUUCUGCUUGCCCACUAAUUUACUGGCCUGUGUAAAGGAACAUUUAGCUGUGCAAGUCCAACUAUGCUUGUUUGUUUUCUAAAUAGUUUCAUCAAGGGCUAUCGCAAAAGUUUGUCCUGACUGCCCAGUUCCCGGGGACCCAACUGAAGCCAGGUUCCAGGAGGCGGCGGCCGAGAGCCUUGCCAAAUUCAACUUAGAAAACAACCAUGCUCAUUAUUUUGCCCUCCUCAACGUCACCAAGGCACGGUCACAGGUAAGUUUGCGACUGGACAUCCUUGAAAGCAGGAACAGGGAACCUGUGGCCUUCUGGAUCUCGCUGGACCACAACUCCCAUAAUCCCUGAUCCUUGGCCAUGCUGACUCUGGCUGAUGGGAGUUGGAGUCUAACAAAUACCUGGAAGACUGCAGCGUUGCCAUUUAGAGGGGAAGUUUUCUCCAUCACGCACGCCCCCAUUCGUCACAGGAUAGUUGAUUCCGUUGCCUAGAGGCCUUCUUGCUAUCUAUAAGCCACAAAUAACUGGAAAUUCCAUGUUUGGGGGCACAAUACUUUCUAAUACCAGCAUGAUGGCAGGGUUGGGACUUAGGAGACCAGGGUUCAAAGCCCCACUCAUCCACGAAGCUCACAGGGUCACCUUCUCUCAGUCUAACCUACCUCACAGGGUUGUCAUAAGGUUAAAAUGAAGAGGAGAAGAAGCUUCAGCUCCUAGGAGAAAAAAUUGGAUAUAAAAGUAGCACUCUCCUGGUGUGCCCCGCGGAGGACCUUAAGGUCCAUAAAUAACAACACUUUGGAGGUCCCAAACCUCAAGGAGGUUAGAGUGGUCUCAACUAGGGCCAGGGCCUUUUCAGCCCUGGCCCCGACUUGGUGGAAUGCUCUGUCACAAGAGCCUGGGGCCCUGCGGGAUUUGACAUCUUUCCGCAGGGCCUGCAAGACGAAGCUGUUCCGCCUGGCCUUUGGCUUAGACUCACUCUGACCCCUUAUAUGGGAUUUGGUAUAUAAUUUUUCCCUUGGCUUUUUUGCUGGCCCAUGUAGGACCAGCAUGGAUAGCUGGCUCGGGUGAAUAUCUGAUGUUUCCUCCCUUUAUGGCCUUGAUUUAUGGGCUACUACUAAAAUGAGGCUGCAUUUUAAGCUGUAUUUUAAUUAACUGUUUGUUUGUUUGUUUGUUUGUUUGUUGUUGUUGUUGUUGUUGUUUCUAUUACAUUUUAUUGUAAUUUUAUUGUAAUUCAUAUUUGGUGUUAGCUGCCCUGAGCCCGGCCCUGGCUGGGGAGGGCGGGGUAUAAAUAAAUAAAAAUUAUUAUUAUUAUUAUUAUUAAUUGCACCAGUUGCUGGGGAGCAAGGCGGAGGGCCAACAGGAAUGUAAGAGGGCUGUUGUCUUCUAUCUUGCUUGCACUUCAUCCAGACGACACAGACUGCUCUAACCCGUUGCCUCUGCCCUUUUGCACAGUGGGUUAUUGGGCCUUCGAACUCAGUAGAAUAUACGAUCCAGGAGACAUCUUGCACCAAAGGCAAGGGUGUCCCCGACAUCUCCAAUUGCGAACUCCUCCCACGUGAAACGGCCGUGAGUAUUCCUUCACUUGGUGCUGAUUUUUUUUUGUUUGUUUGUUUUGGUACCCCGCCCAUCUGGCUGGGCUUCCCCAGCCACUCUGGGCGGCUUCCCAAAAAAAUAUUAAAAUACUCUAAUACAUCAAACAUUAAAAGCUUCCCUGAACAGGGCUGCCUUCAGAUGUCUUCUAAAAGUCUCGUAGUAGUUGUUCUCUUUGACAUCUGGUGGGAGGGCGUUCCACAGGGAGGGUGCCACUACCGAGAAGGCCCUCUGCCUGGUUCUCUGUAACUUGGCUUCUCGCAGUGAGGGAACCGCCAGAAGGCCCUCGGUGCUGGACCUCAGUGUCCGGGUAGAACGAUGGGGGUGGAGACGCUCCUUCAGGUAUACAGGACCGAGGCUGUUUAGGGCUUUAAAGGUCAGCACCAACACUUGGAAUUGUGCUCGGAAACGUACUGGGGGCCAAUGUAGGUCUUUUAAGACCGGUGUUAUGUGGUCUUGGCGGCCGCUCCCAGUCACCAGUCUAGCUGCCGCGUUCUGGAUUAGUUGUAGUUUCCAGGUCACCUUCAAAGGUAGCCCCACGUAGAGCGCAUUGCAGUAGUCCAAGCGGGAGAUAACCAGAGCAUGUACCACUCUGGCGAGGCAGUCCGCAGGCAGAUAGGGUCUCAGCCUGCAUACCAGAUGGAGCUGGUAAACAGCUGCCCUGGACACAGAUUUGACCUGUGCCUCCAUGGACAGCUGCGAGUCCAAAAUGACUCCCACGCUGCGCACCUGGUCCUUCAGGGGCACAGUUACCCCAUUCAGGACCAGGGAGUCCUCCACACCUGCCCGCCUCCUGUCCCCCAAGAACAGUACUUCUGUCUUGUCAGGAUUCAACCUCAAUCUGUUAGCCUCCAUCCAACCUCCAACCGCCUCCAGGCACUCACACAGGACCUUUACCGCCUUCACUGGUUCUGAUUUGGAAGAGAGGUAGAGCUGGGUAUCAUCCGCAUACUGAUGAACACCCAGCCCAAACCCCCUGAUGAUCUCUCCCAGCGGCUGGAUAUAGAUGUUGAAAGGGACAUCCGUUAGCUAGGGAUGAUGGGAGUUGCAGUCCAAAUACAGCUGGAGACUCAAGUUUGGCAAACCCAGAAGCAGAACAUUUUUGCACCAUCCCCCCCCCCCUUCUUCUCCAAAGAUAUGAGUAGAGAGCAUAAGAAGAACUGUCCUUGACAACUCCAGACUCCCCAUUCAUGCCCUGGAUGUUUGCCUAAAGGGACCCCUGAUCAUUAGGUCCAGUCAUGACCGACUCUGGGGUUGCGGCGCUCAUCUCACUUUAUUGGCCGAGGGAGCCGGCGUACAGCUUCUGGGUCAUGUGGCCAGCACGACUAAGCCGCUUCUGGCGAACCAGAGCAGCACAUGGAACCUCCUUUUACCUUCCCGCCGGAGUGGUACCUAUUUAUCUACUUGCACUUUGAUGUGCUUUCGAACUGCUAGGUUGGCAGGAGCAGGGACCGAGCAACAGGAGCUCACCCCGUCGCAGGGAUUCGAACCGCUGACCUUCUGAUCGGCAAGCCCUAGGCUCAGUGGUUUAGACCACAGCGCUACCCACGUCCCUUUUGGGUGUUUGCCUAAGCCUCCAGGCUUUCUACUGUGGGUAUAGGGCGGUAUGCACAUCAUCAUUAUUAUUAUUACACAGUUGGACUUGUGCACGUGGUUGCCACUAUCCCUCCCUGUCUCUCAAUCUCUGGUGAAUGCGCAACUGAGACACACGUCGCCAACCUUUUUUGGGCAUAUGGACCCAUUUGCAACCUGGAGAACCUGUUGCGGGCGCCAUGCACAUGCCACAGCUCCCCACACCCCAGCUGCAACCUCCUCCCUCACCCCCCAAGUUGCAUCCCACACCCAAGUUAGGCUUUCAUUGGCUAAAGAAGGCUUCUGCCAAGCCUAAUUUCAGUAGAGGUGUGGGAAUGGGAACCUGAGGGUGCCAGAGAAAAAUAUUGUGUUUGGAAGUACAUUGUUGACCUGUGGCCAUCCCAGCUCCAUCACAUUCGCUCCAAGGACGGAAAGGUUCCCCACGACCGCUUUAGUUAUUAGAACCUAAAGUCUAGGCAGGCUUGUUUUUUUUAUCGCUCGUGCUUUCCUGACGGAGGGAUCUGGUUUAUUUCGUAGGAGACAGGCCUGUGCAGAGGUUCCGUGGUAAACAGCCGGGUAGAUAAUCAGAAGUAUGUCAGUGCGCAGUGUGAACUCUACCCCCCAAAGGUAUGUGGCUCAGUCGGGCAUAUAAUAAUAAUAAUUUAUUAUUUAUACCCCACCAAUCUGGCUGGGUUUCCCCAGCCACACUGGGCAGCUCCCAACAGAGUAUUAAAAACAGGAUAAAACAUCAAACUUUGAAAAAUUCCCUGAACAGGGCUGCCUUCAGAUGUCUACUAAAAGUCAGGUAGUUGUUUAUUUCUUUGACAUCUGCUGGGAGGGUGUUCCACAAGGCGGGCGCCACUACCGAGAAGGCCCUCUGUCUGGUUCCCUGUAACUUGGCUUCUCGCAGUGAGGGAACCGCCAGAAGGUCCUCGGUGCUGGAUCUCAGUGUCUGGGCAGAAUGAUGGGGGUGGAGACACUUCUUCAGGUAUACUGGGCCGAGGCCAUUUAGGGCUUUAAAGUUCAGCAACAACACUAUGAAUUGUGCUCGGAAAUGUACUGGAAGCCAAUGUAGGUCCUUCAGAACUGGUGUUAUGUGGUCUUGCCAGCCACUUGACCAGUCACCAGUCUAGCUGCCGCAUUAUUUUCUGGAAGUAAUAACCCACAGUAAAUGAGCAUAUGCAAGGCAUUUAUAUCAUGGGUUCGUAGAGCUGGAGGGGGUCUAAAGCGUCAUCAACUCCCUGCAAUGCAGGAAUCACAGCGAAGGAAUCCCUGACACACGGCCACCCAAUGUCUGUUUACAAUCCUUCAGCGAAGGAGAAUCCAUCACCUUCUGAGGUAGCUCAUUCCACUGUCAAACAUCUCUUCCUGUCAGAAAGAGCCUCCUAAUUUUUAGUCGCCUGCUAAAUGAAACUGGGCAGAAUUAGCCAACAACAGAAACCCCAAUAAGAAUAUCCUUUGAAAACACCAGAUUGAAUGUGUUAAAGCUCAGAGCUUAAAACCUCCAGGAGAACAAAAUGGUAUUUUUCACCUGGUGCUGAAAAGAUAUCAGCUCUGGUGCCAGGGAAGGCUCUCAGGUGAGGAUGUUCCACGAAUUUCCCACUGCCCAAUCCCUGGGUGCCAUCCACUCUGGGAAGCUGGAGGAAAGCCUUGGUCGCCAACCAGUAGAACUAAGACAGCUUUCCGGGUCAUGUGGCCAGCAUGACCAAACCGCUUCUGGUGCAACGGAACACCGUGACGGAAACCAGAGCAGUGCACAGAAAUGCUGUUUACCUUCCUGCUGCAGCAGUGCCUAUUUAUCUACUUGCACUGGUGUGCUUUCAAACUGCUAGGUUGGCAGAAGCUGGGACAGAGCAACGGGAGCUCACCCCAUUGUGCGGAUUUGAUCCGGCGACCUUCCAAUCAGCAAGCCCAAGAGGCUCAGUGGUUUAGACCACAGCGCCACCCGCUUUGGGUGGAAGAUAAGUCCCAAUAAAUGCAUAGGUAUAUAAAGAUGGGGGGAAAAUUGCAAAGUGAUUCAGAAUGAACAAUUCUAAUAUUUUUUCCCCUAUUAGCCACUCGACACGGAUGAUCAGAAUCCACAACCUGGACCUAAACCUGGGCAGGAAGGACACCGCGAAGAUCACAAAAGCAGUGAAGAACUCCAUCACCAGAAAGGGCAUGGACACGGCCAUGGCCACGAUCAUGGUCACAGUCAGGGUCACGGUCACAGUCAUGGUCACGGCCACAGCCACGGCCAUGGCAAUCGCCGCCACCACCACAAACAUCACGGGAACCACUCGCAUGAGCACCAGAGUCCACCAGGCCAGCCAGAAACACUGGGCCGUGUGGUUGUUCUCCCUCCUUCAAACGAACAUGUAUCUCUACAUUCCCUGCCAGAAAUUCAACCUGAACAAUUAGAUGGGGAACCCGUUCCCCCCGGGGCAGAGAGCCCAACAGGAACCCCUCAAGUCAACCGCCCUGAUGGUGCUCCGGGCAAACCACUGGCUAAGCCAAACAUCUUUGCAUUCCCGGUUGGGUUUUCAAACUCAGCUACGUGUCCAGGAGACAGCACAAUAACUAUCCCUGGUGUUGAGCUGCCCCAAAGGCCUGUGAUAAAAUUGCCCCCAGAGCCCAAGAAGGCCUAACGUUUGGGUACUGUAGAAUCCCCAAAAGCUAUUCAACAUGUGGUACCGCUUCCUCACAGCAUGAGAGGAGCGGUUUUGGAGGAGGAGAAAAAGAUGGUCAUUAUAAUCUCUCACCACAAAAGGUAAUAAUAAAAAAAUUCCAACUGGUUGUGCAGUGAAUUGACACAAAGGGCACCAGAGGAAUCUUUGUGGUACUAAUGUUAGUGCUUUGCCAAAUGAGCUCCCUCUUAUAGUAUUCCCAUGCUGUUUGGACCAAAGUCCACAGAGGGAAGGAAUGACUGACAGUGAAUAGGGAGCCCAUCUUGGGCCUUAUAGCAUCCCAAAAGCAACACUUGAAAAGCCCCAAACGUUCACAGCUCAGCUGUGCAUUCUUUAGUCCCUGCGGGGGGGUGGGAUAUUUUCAUGAAUCUAAACAACAUGGUGGCCAGAGAUUUCUGUUUUUCCUUUCUUUUCUCCGCCCAUCCCUGACCUCCUUGUCCUUGUGAAUGUGAGAAGAACGACGUUUUCUCUGCUGCAAGGAAGCUUAACAAUACUCAAUAAACGAGCGGUGUGACAUUACUGCCUCUAGAGUGGCUGUUUUGGAAACCAGACCUUUCUCAUUUUCGCUUUGAAAAACAAAGCAGGCCUCUAGACCUCAAGGCCUCCAGGUGGUAACCGUGAAGUGUGUGUUUGGGGCAGUUUAGCCUGAGGAAACCAGGAGGUACUGGGGGUGUCUUUCAUGUAGAGUGAGAGAGAUGAGACAUAUAUUCUGAAAUAUACUCGGAGUCCUGUAGUGAUUUCAUGCUCUUUAUUGCAGCUUGUAAAACAGUGAUUGAAUUGCCCCCCAACCCUCAGGUUUUUAUAUACAUUAUUUACACAGUGAGUCCC